AUGUGUUCACAGCUCAAUCGAAAGCGCGCGUGCGGCUGUGUUGUACGUGCAAAGGAUUCCCGCUAGCAUCGGAAUUAUCAAUAAAACAAAUGAUCACAGUGAAUUAUAUAGGAUUAUAGAUGCGAAACAAUUCAGUGAUGUUUAGUUUGUGACUAGAACAGUGAUAUAUUUGGGAUCGUAAAGUUUUUUAAACUUUUCACCGAACAUAAGCCAUGUGACUACGAAGAAACGCCGAAGUAGAAGUUAUGUGGUGGUUAGUGGUGGUGCUGUCUCUGUCGCUGGUGGAGGGGACGCCGUGUGAGGAGGCUCGCAUGCGGUGCGCCUACCGUACAGGCUGUGGCGCUGCCUUGAACAACUACGUGUAUCUGUGCAACGAGGUGCUGUCCAAACCGACGUCCAUGUGCCCUAAAGCAUGCGAACACGCCCUCAUAGCUCUGACAUCCACCGAGGAAGGGAAGGAAUUGAUGAAUUGCCAAUGUGAGGACGAGUAUUGUGGGGAGGCGAAGCAGAGGAUAGAGGUUUGUCGUCCCCAGGUGUUGAGCGGAGCUGCUAAUGCUACAAACUCCUGCAGACUCUCUCAACUCAUCUGUCUAGCAGACGCCCAGUGUGCCACCGCCUUAGAUUACUACAACCAGCUAUGCCGCUCAGUGUACCGGGGCAGGAAAUGCUCUAAUAAAUGCCUAAACUCCAUAGAAAUUCUGAGAAAGCAAGAGAAAGCCGCCGCCUUAACUGUCUGUCGGUGCGACGGAAACGAAGACUAUGAUUGUCCAAGGAUGCAGAACAAUUUGGCCAGGCUGUGCUUCCACAAACAUUUGAAGAACCACACUAAAAAUCACGAGAGAGGAUACGAGGAGAAACAUAGGAAACAUCACCACCAAGUCGUAGCGUCUGCCGCCGUGACCAUUCCAUUAGCAAAAAUAUUAGUUGUAAUAAGUCAGACAUUGCGUGUAGCUUACACGUGACCACAGACUUCGACGUCUACCUCUUGCUUCUGUUAUAAGUUUGUAAAUAAAAUGUAUAUAUGAAAAACAGUUAUAGAAAUAUGUAUAGGAUAUAAUGUAAGAGGAUUACAAGGGCUAAGUAUGAUGUAGUUAUAAUAUUGGGAGACGGAAUAGAUUACGGUCGAUGGGACUUCGAAAUUCGAAUAAGGAACGCUCUAGCCGCCCACUGGCGCAUGCGCGGGCGUUGCUAUAAAUACAGCGGCGCCGGUGGUCCGGUGACAAAUGCGGGGUUGUUCCCGUCGCGACGCCACGCCGAUUGAUCUAAACUCUAAACACACAAACAUCUAACGCUCGUUCUAACAAGAGAUAGAUGAAAAAUAUACCAUCUCUGUCAAACUCAUUCAGUCAGAAGAGAAUGCGAUCAAUGGUAGACGAGGAAGUGGUUAUAUCGAGUAGCUAAUUCCGGGCGUCACUAAUCGUUUCUCAGUUGUGUCGGACUUAAAGUUUUGAGGUAACCGUACAUAUUAUUAAACAUCCUUUUUAAUACCUAUAAAGGAAAUAAAUCAAGGUAAUUCUCAUAUACAACUUUUGACUCAAAUUCUUAUCCAUUAAGUAUACGAGUCUACUGACUAAAAAGGUGAUAUAAGUAAGUUCAUAGUUCAUACACACAACUGGUAUUGAGAUGAAGGACCUAAUCAGAAAUCAUAACAGAAUUCUUAAUUUAAAUCGUAAAAUACUAGAGUUGUCUGUUUUGAUAUACAAAGAAGUCACGUUUUAGACGUUUUAAGCUGAGACGUCGACUUAAAUGGGGAAUUUAAUUUAUAUCUUCCAUGAAAUAUACAAGUCGUGAUAUGUCCAUGAGGAGUCAAUCGUAGAGCAAUAGUGGUCUUACGUUACGCCCUGGCUUGUAAUGAAGAGGCUUAAAACCGGUUCUAUAGGGGCAUCCCAUAACACUCCAAUACUGAAGACAGUCUAUGUAUAACAUAUUCUAUUUACGAACAAAGAAUUUUCAUCGUUUUAUAUAGAAUAAAUUGAUUUUAUUCGAAGUAUACAAACUUUGCUAUGAUAAAUUAAGGCCAAUUUAAAAGUUUGACUUCGUGCGUCGAAGACAGUAAUUGGAUAAUUUUCUUCUAAUACAUCAGUCUAUUAAUUUUAAUUACUAUAUUUUUUAUAACUCGAAAUCAUAUGUAUACACUCAACUUUUUUUUUUAAUAUCAAUAAGCAAUAAUCCUAAUUCUUGAAUACCUCGUGCAAGUGUUGCCAGUUUCGUAUUUAUGGUACUUUAUUAUUUUUACAAAUAAACUUCAUUCGUAUAUAUAAUAUGCAUUACACGGAUCCGCAAACUAAUGUUUCAUCGCCCGAAGCAUGACUUUAAUGCAUUAUGCAAUAAGCAUGCUAAAGAGACCGUCUUAUGAGAAUACGAAUGCAGCGCGGUACAUUUUAUGUAUGAAUCUUUACUUCCCGGUGUAGUUAUUUAGUUUUGAAGUAGUUCUUGAUGACGUUUUUUCUUAAUAUACAAGUUUUAACUUAAAAUUGAUAAAUAAUUUCAAGUAUAUAGCAGAUAUUAUUUGGCCUCAAAUUAUAUUAUUCUCAAAAAAAAAAAAAUUGACGGAAUUAUCAUAUUAUGUUAAUGAAUAGUUGUAGAUUUUUUUUUUAAAUAUUCUUUUUCCUUUUUGGUGUACGUGUGUUUUUUUGUUUGUAUCAAGUAAUUUUACGAAUUAGCCCAGUUUAAGAGUGUGUAUGAUAAAUAAGUAUUGUGUUAAGUUUAUGUUUAAUUAUGGACGUACUUCAUUUACGUACAUAAAAUUCCUAAUACAAAUAUGUACUGUAUUAGUAAUUUUAUAUAUAUUAAACUAAAAUUAUUUAACUGGAAUUUAUUAACCACAGUUUACCAAAGUGAGAUUAUUAGAAUAGUUCAUACAUGUAAAUGACUAUCGAUGCUAUCAUUUAAUUUGUACGUACAAAGUAUUUUAGAUUUAUAUUAUUUAUUUAAUUAAUUAUAAAUAGCAUAUAAGUUUUGUUGGAUUUUGUUUCGUUGCGAUUGUAUUUAUUUUUUACGAUAAUAAAAUAAACUUUACUGUU